AUGUCCAGCACAGGCCGCCGGCUCGACGGAAAAGUCGCCAUUAUCACUGGCGGAGCGAGUGGCUUUGGCAAGGCGAUCGCAGGCCUCUUUGCACAGCAGGGGGCCAAGGUAGUCAUUGCCGAUCUCUCAGCAGAAGCCGGGCAGGCGGUUGCCAAAGCCACCGGGGGCGUCUUUACAGUCGCCGACGUGACCAAAAGGAGUGACUGGGAGAAGCUGCUCGCGCUCGCCCUGGACAAGUUUGGCGGGCUCGACAUCGUGGUCAACAACGCGGGAACGUCGUACCGCGCAAAGCCCACCGAGGACGUGACCGACAAGGACUACGACCUGGUCUUCGACGUCAACGUGAGAUCGGUCUACCUCUCAGGCAGCGUCAUCCUGCCGUAUUUCCUCAAGAACGACAGACCUGGCAACUUCAUCAACAUCUCCUCAGCCAGCGCUCUCCGCCCCCGGCCGAAACUGGUGUGGUACGCGGCAUCCAAGGGCGCCGUCAGCAACGCAACCAGAGCGCUUGCCAUCGAAUACGCCCAGAGAAAGAUCCGCUUCAACACGGUGAAUCCGGGCCCGGCCAUUACAGGCUUGAAAGACGCCUUUUCCGGAGGGGCGAAAGAUCCCGACGCCGCAAUGGUUCGGAUGGUUGAGGAUUCGGUGCCCAUGGGCCACCCGGCAGAGACGAUAGACAUUGCAAAUGCUUGUCUGUUUCUCGCCAGUGAAGAAUCCGCAUUCGUCACGGGCAUUGAGCUUCCGGUUGAUGGUGGCCGUUGUGCAUAG